AUGAACUCAAGCAACAGAAACUCAAGCAGCAGAAGCUCAAGUAACGGGUAUUCAAGCAAUGGGAACUCAAUCAACCGGGACUCAAGCAACAGAAACUCGAGCAAUGGGAACUCAAGCAACAGACACUCAAGCAACAGAAACUCAGGCAAUGUUAACUCAAGCAAUGUUAACUCAAGCAAUGGGAAGUCGUGCAACAGAAACUCAAGCAACAGUAGCUCAAGUAACGGGAAUUCAAGCAAUGGGAACUCUAUCAACCGGGACUCAAGCAACAGAAACUCGAGCAAUGGGAACUCAAGCAACAGGAACUCAAGCAGCAGAAGCUUAAGUAACGGGAAUUCAAGCUUUGGGAACUCAAUCAACAGUGACUCAAGCAACAGAAACUCGAGCAAUGGGAACUCAAGCAACAGAAACUCAAGCAGCAGAAGCUCAAGUACCGGGAAUUCAAGCAAUGGGAACUCAAUCAACAGGGACUCAAGCAACAGAAACUCGAGCAAUGGGAACUCAAGCAACAGACACUCAAGCAACAGAAACUCAGGGACUCAAGCAACAGAAACUCGAGCAAUGGGAACUCAAGCAACAGGAACUCAAGCAGCAGAAGCUCAAGUAACGGGAAUUCAAGCAAUGGGUACUCAAUCAACAGGGACUCAAGCAACAGAAACUCGAGCAAUGGGAACUCAAGCAACAGGAACUCAAGCAGCACAAGUUCAAGUAACAGGAAUUCAAGCAAUGGGAACUCAAUCAACAGGGACUCAAGCAACAGAAACUCGAGCAAUGGGAACUCAAGCAACAGGAACUCAAGCAGCAGAAGCUCAAGUAACGGGAAUUCAAGCAAUGGGAACUCAAUCAACAGGGACUCAAGCAACAGAAACUCGAGCAAUGGGAACUCAAGCAACAGGAACUCAAGCAGCAGAAGCUCAAGUAACGGGAAUUCAAGCAAUGGGAACACAAUCAACAGGGACUCAAGCAACAGAAACUCGAGCAAUGGGAACUCAAGCAACAGGAACUCAAGCAGCAGAAACUCAAGUAACGGGAAUUCAAGCAGUGGGAACUCAAUCAACAGGGACUCAAGCAGCAGAAACUCGAGCAAUGGGAACUCAAGCAACAGGAACUCAAGCAGCAGAAGCUCAAGUAACGAGAAUUCAAGCAAUGGGAACUCAAUCAACAGGGACUCAAGCAACAGAAACUCGAGCAAUGGGAACGCAAGCAACAGGAACUCAAGCAGCAGAAGCUCAAGUAACGGGAAUCCAAGCAAUGGGAACUCAAUCAACAGAAACUCAAGCAACAGAAACUCGAGCAAUGGGAACUCAUGCAACAGACACUCAAGCAACAGAAACUCAGGCAAUGUUAACUCAAGCAAUGUUAACUCAAGCAAUGGGAACUCGAGCAACAGAAACUCAAGCAACAGAAGCUCAAUUAAUGGGAAUUCAAGCAAUGGGAACUCAAUCAACAGGGACUCAAGCAACAGAAACUCGAGCAAUGGGAACUCAAGCAACAGGAACUCAAGCAGCAGCAGCUCAAGUAACGGGAAUUCAAGCAAUGGGAACUCAAUCAACAGGGACUCAAGCAACAGAAACUCGAGCAAUGGGAACUCAAGCAACAGAAACUCAUGCAGCAGAAGCUCAAGCAAUGUUAACUCAAGCAAUGUUAACUCAAGCAAUGGGAACUCGAGCAACAGAAUCUCAAGCAACAGAAGCUCAAGUAACGGGAAUUCAAGCAUUGGGAACUCAAUCAACAGGGACUCAAGCAACAGAAACUCGAGCAAUGGGAAUUCAAGCAACAGGAACUCAAGCAGCAGAAGCUUCAGUAACGGGAAUUCAAGCAAUGGGAACUCAAUCAACAGGGACUCAAGCAACAGAUACUCGAGCAAUGGGAACUCAAGCAACAGACACUCAAGCAACAGAAACUCAGGCAAUGUUAACUCAAGCAAUGUUAACUCAAGCAAUGGGAACUCAAACAACAGGAACUCAAGCAGCAGAAGCUCAAGUAACGGGAAUUCAAGCAAUGGGAACUCAAUCAACAGGGACUCAAGAAACAGAAACUCGAGCAAUGGGAACUCAAGCGACAGGAACUCAAGCAGCAGAAGCCCAAGUAACGGGAAUUCAAGCAAUGGGAAUUCAAUCAACAGGGACUCAAGCAACAGAAACUCGAGCAAUGGGAACUCAAGCAACAGGAACUCAAGCAGCAGAAGCUCAAGUAACGGGAAUUCAAGCAAUGGGAACUCAAUCAACUGGGACUCAAGCAACAGAAACUCGAGCAAUGGGAACUCAAGCAACAGGAACUCAAGCAGCAGAAGCUCAAGUAACGGGAAUUCAAGCAAUGGGAACUCAAUCAACAGGGACUCAAGCAACAGAAACUCGAGCAAUGGGAACUCAAGCAAAAGACACUCAAACAACAGAAACUCAGGCAAUGUUAACUCAAGCAAUGUUAACUCAAGCAAUGGGAACUCGAGCAACAGAAACUCAAGCAACAGAAGCGCAAUUAUUGGGAAUUCAAGCAAUCGGAACUCAAUCAACAACGACUCAAGCAACAGAAACUCGAGCACUGGGAACUCAAGCAAAAGGAACUCAAGCAGCAGAAGCUCAAAAACUCGAGCAAUGGGAACUCAAGCAACAGAAACUCAAGCAGCAGAAGCUCAAGUACCGGGAAUUCAAGCAAUGGGAACUCAAUCAACAGGGACUCAAGCAACAGAAACUCGAGCAAUGGGAACUCAAGCAACAGACACUCAAGCAACAGAAACUCAGGGACUCAAGCAACAGAAACUCGAGCAAUGGGAACUCAAGCAACAGGAACUUAAGCAGCAGAAGCUCAAGGACUCAAGCAACAGAAACUCGAGCAAUGGGAACUCAAGCAACAGGAACUCAAGCAGCAGAAGCUCAAGUAACGGGAAUUCAAGCAAUGGGUACUCAAUCAACAGGGACUCAAGCAACAGAAACUCGAGCAAUGGGAACUCAAGCAACAGGAACUCAAGCAGCACAAGUUCAAGUAACAGGAAUUCAAGCAAUGGGAACUCAAUCAACAGGGACUCAAGCAACAGAAACUCGAGCAAUGGGAACUCAAGCAACAGGAACUCAAGCAGCAGAAGCUCAAGUAACGGGAAUUCAAGCAAUGGGAACUCAAUCAACAGGGACUCAAGCAACAGAAACUCGAGCAAUGGGAACUCAAGCAACAGGAACUCAAGCAGCAGAAGCUCAAGUAACGGGAAUUCAAGCAAUGGGAACACAAUCAACAGGGACUCAAGCAACAGAAACUCGAGCACUGGGAACUCAAGCAAAAGGAACUCAAGCAGCAGAAGCUCAAGUAACGGGAAUUCAAGCAAUGGGAACUCAAUCAACAGGGACUCAAGCAAAGAAACUCGAGCAAUAUGAACUCAAGCAUCAGAAACUCAAGCAGCAGAAGCUCAAGGACUCAAGCAACAGAAACUCGAGCAAUGGGAACUCAAGCAACAGACACUCAAGCAACAGAAACUCAGGCAAUGUUCACUCAAGCAAUGUUAACUCAAGCAAUGGGAACUCGAGCAACAGAAACUCAAGCAACAGAAGCUCAAGUAACAGGAAUUCAAGCAAUGGGAACUCAAUCAACAGGGACUCAAGCAACAGAAACUCGAGCAAUGGGAACUCAAGCAACAGGAACCUAAGCAGCAGAAGCUCAAGUAACGGGAAUUCAAGCAAUGGGAACUCAGUCAACAGGGACUCAAGCAACAGAAACUCGAGCAAUGGGAACUUAAGCAACAGAAACUCAAGCAGCAGAAGCUCAAGUAACGGGGAUUCAAGCAAUGGGAACUCAAUCAACAGGGACUCAAGCAACAGAAACUCGAGCAAUGGGAAGUCAAGCAACAGGAACUCAAGCAGCAGAAGCUCAAGUAACGGGAAUUCAAGCAAUGGGAACUCAAUCAACAGGGACUCAAGCAACAGAAACUCGAGCAAUGGGAACUCAAGCAACAGGAACUCAAGCAGCACAAGUUCAAGUAACAGGAAUUCAAGCAAUGGGAACUCAAUCAACAGGGACUCAAGCAACAGAAACUCGAGCAAUGGGAACUCAAGCAACAGGAACUCAAGCAGCAGAAGCUCAAGUAACGGGAAUUCAAGCAAUGGGAACUCAAUCAACAGGGACUCAAGCAACAGAAACUCGAGCAAUGGGAACUCAAGCAACAGGAACUCAAGCAGCAGAAGCUCAAGUAACGGGAAUUCAAGCAAUGGGAACACAAUCAACAGGGACUCAAUCAACAGAAACUCGAGCAAUGGGAACUCAAGCAACAGACACACAAGCAACAGAAACUCAAGCAAUGUUAACUCAAGCAAUGUUAACUCAAGCAAUGGGAACUCGAGCAACAGGAACUCAAGCAACAGAAGCUCAAGUAACGGAAAUUCAAGCAAUGGGAACUCAAUCAAAAGGGACUCAAGCAACAGAAACUCGAGCAAUGGGAACUCAAGCAACAGGAACACAAACAGCAGAAGCUCAAGUAACGGGAAUUCAAGCAAUAGGAACUCAAUCAACAGGGACUCAAGCAACAGAAACUCGAGCAAUGGGAACUCAAGCAACAGGAACUCAAGCAGCAGAAGCUCAAGUAAUGGGAAUUCAACCAAUGGGAACUCAAUCAACAGGGACUCAAGCAACGGAAACUCGAACAAUGGGAACUCAAGCAACAGACACCAGAGCAACAGAAACCCAGACAAUGUUAACUCAAGCAAUGUUAACUCAAGCAAUGGGAACUCGAGCAACUGA